AGUUCGUGCCCUUGGUGUCCCACGCUCCCAGCCCCCCCAAAUUUUCCCCCAUCGUGUAGAGAACUCUCCAGCCGUAGCCAUCCGCCGCAUGCCUCGAGCCCCUGACGCACCGAUUUCGACCAGUGGUUCAACUGGAGAACGAGGAGGAGCUCUGGUUCAACCGUCGUUGUAGCUGCGUCGCACCGCUGCACGCCUUGUACUUUUUCACCUUUGUUCGAUUCAUCUUGACGAGGAGCGGCCCUGUUCUUCGAUUUCAUCUACUGCUUCCUUUCAGCUGCGUGCCACCAUUUUCAUUUCAUCUGCUGCUCCGAUUUUGUCACCGUUGUUCGAUUUCAUUGAAGCUGCUUCGUUGCUUAUUCAGUCGGCAACUUCGAUUGCAGUGGAGGGAAAAUGUCGUUUGAUCUUAUAUUGAAGUCGUCAUGUAGUGGAUGUGGAUCCACCACAGACUUAUAUGGAAGCAACUGCAAGCACAUGACUCUAUGCUUGACCUGUGGCAAAACCAUGGCUGAGAAUCGUGGAAAAUGCUAUGAUUGUGGGGCUGUGGUAACUCGGUUGAUUCGGGAAUAUAAUGUUCGAGCUAGUCCUUGCAGCGAGAAGAACUACUUUAUUGGGAGAUUUGUGACAGGGCUUCCAAGUUUUUCAAAGAAGAAAAAUGCUGAGAAUAAAUGGUCACUCCAAAAAGAAGGACUUCAAGGACGUCAACUAACUGAUGCAUUGCGGGAGAAAUACAAGAAUAAACCUUGGUUGUUGGAGGAUGAAACGGGCCAGCAGUACCACGGUCAUCUUGAAGGCUCACAAUCAGCAACUUACUACUUACUGAUAUUGCAGGGAAAAGAGUUUGUGGCUAUUCCUGCUGGUUCUUGGUAUAACUUUAAUAAGGUUGCUCAAUAUAAGCAACUGACUUUGGAGGAAGCGGAAGAGAAGAUGAAGAACAGGAGAAAGACUGCAGAUGGAUACGAAAGAUGGAUGAUGAAAGCUGCAAAUAAUGGAGCUGCUGCAUUUGGUGAAGUGGAAAAGUUUGAUGAUAAAGAAAGUGGAACAGCUGGUGGAAGGGGACGUAGAAAAACAGGUGGCAAUGAAGAAGGCAAUGUGUCUGAUAAGGGAGAUGAAGACGAAGAGGAGGAGGCAGCGAGGAAAAAUAGACUUGGACUCAACAAACGUGGUGGUGAUGAUGAUGAGGAAGGUCCAAGGGGAGGUGAUCAUGAUAUUGAUGAUGAUGAUCCUGAGAAGGGUGAUGAUUGGGAGCAUGAAGAAAUUUUCACUGACGAUGAUGAAGCAGUUGGUAAUGAUCCUGAGGAACGGGAAGAUUUGGCCCCUGAGGUUCCUGCUCCUCCAGAAAUCAAGCAGGAUGAAGAUGAUGAAGAUGAAGAGAAUGAGGAGGGUGGAUUGAGUAAAUCUGGUAAGGAGUUGAAGAAGCUCCUUGGGAGAGCCAGUGGAAUGAAUGAUUCAGAUGCAGACGGUGAUGAUGAUGAUGAGGAUAUGGAUGAAGAUGAUCUUUCUCCUGUAUUGGCUCCAAAGAAGGAUGCACCUAAGGAGGAACCUUCUGAUAACAGUCCUGCAAAACCAAUGCCCUCUGGUUCCGCCAAAGGGACCCCAUCGACUUCCAAGUCAGUGAAGGGAAAAAGAAAAUUAAAUGGUGAUGAUGCAAAAUCAUCCAGUGCUGGACCUCAAAAGAAGGUGAAGGCGGAAAAUGAAUUAAAACCUACUGUGAAAGAGGAAAGCACUCCUGCUGCUAAAAGCAGUGCAACUCCUAAAGUGGCACUACCAUCAUCACUGAAAACAGGGUCCACAUCACCUGUCACUGAAGACGAGAUCAGGGCUGUUUUGUUGCAAAAUGGGCCUGUGACUACACAGGAUCUUGUUGCUAGGUUUAAGUCGCGACUGAAAGAUCCUGAGGAUAAGAAGGCUUUUGCUGAAAUUCUGAGGAGAAUUUCUAAGAUUCAGAAGACUGGCGGAUCGAGCUACGUUGUUAUCAAGAAAUAGAAAGAUGCUUUUUUUAUCUAUUACAGACUAUCUCAUGGAAUUCCAAAUGAAUUUCAGAAGACUGGCGAAUCUAUCUACGUGUUACUAAGAAAUAGAUUAUCCUUUUUCUGGCAGUUGUAGAUAAUCAAAAGUAGCUGCAAAAUGCAUCUAUCCUUGUGAAUUCUAACCCCUCCCCCAACCCUUUGUUUGGGAGGAGGCUUUUUAAAGGUAAUAAAGAGUUUUUUUAAGAUUUAAAAA